AUGAACUUGGCACAAAAAUUUCAGCAACAACAGCAACAACAGCAACAACAACAGCAACAACAACAACAGCAGCAGCAGCAACAUCAGGCAUUGACUCAUCAACACUUGCAGCAGCAUAACCAUCAUCAGAACCAAAUCCGUCAACAGACCGGUCUUUCGUCUCCAGCCACGAUUCCUGCUGCACUGACGCCUCAACUUGGUGCUGCAGGUUCACAUUAUCAGACUCAAUUGCAAUACGCCACAGUUUCUCGUCAAUCGUCAACUCCACACUUUAGAGCAAGAGCUGCAGCUGCUGUUGCCAGAAGUUCAGGACUGAGCUCUGCGGUGGUCAUCACGGAUCCAAACAAUCCAAACAAGAAUGCUCUUAUGAACGGAGGAGAAGGUGCUGACAAAACUGGUGGGACUACUGCACCCAAUCAACAGCAAUGGACGACUUUAGAUCUUGGAGGGAUGGGGCUUAAGAACAUUAGCCGGGAACUUUUCCGUUACAACUUCUUGACCGCACUUUACAUCAACCAUAACAAUUUACAUCAUCUUUCACCUGAGAUCAGCCGCCUAACAGGUCUCACAAUCUUGGAUGCCUCGGGAAACAAGCUAACUUCAGUGCCUCCAGAACUCGGAAUGUUGACAAAUCUCAAGGAGCUUUUGUUGGUGGACAAUGGUCUUAUCACUUUGCCUGCAGAGCUGGGUACACUUUACCAGUUGGAGAUCCUUGCCCUGGAAGGAAAUCCUUUGAACGAGAGUCUUAAAAAUUUAUUACAGCAGGAAGGAACAAACGCUGUGAUUACAUAUCUCCGCGAGAAUUGCCCAGUUCCGUUGCCUCCACCAGAGAGAGAAUGGAUCACUCUUGAAGACGAUUCUGGAACUUCAUCUGGCCAGGAUACCUUUACCAUAUUCUGUUACAACAUUCUGGCUGAAAACUAUGCCACCCCUCAAAUGUAUGGCUAUACUCCCUCGUGGGCACUCACCUGGGAAUAUCGAAAGGAGCUUAUCCUUCAGGAAAUCCUUGCGUACAGUGCGGAUAUUGUUUGUCUCCAGGAAGUUGAGCUCGGCCAAUUUGAGGACUACUUUAAAGAUCAGAUGAAGCAACAGGCUGAUUACGAUGGCGUCUUUUGGCCAAAGUCACGCGCAAAGACUAUGCCAGAGAAGGAUCGAAGAGUUGUUGAUGGGUGUGCCACGUUCUUCAAGGCAUCCAAGUUCACUAUGAUUGACAAACACCUUGUUGAAUUUAACCAUAUUGCGCUUCAGCGACCUGAUUUCAGAAAGACAGAGGAUAUCUUCAACCGUGUCAUGACCAAAGAUAACAUCGCAGUGAUCACACUCUUGGAACACAAGGAUACGAAGAGCCGGGUUAUUGUUGCAAAUACUCAUAUCCAUUGGGAUCCGAUUUUCAAAGAUGUCAAGCUUGUCCAGGUGGCGAUGUUGAUGGAUGAACUGGACAAACUCUCGAAUCAAUGGGCUCAUCUUCCUGUCAGCGGAUCGAACGCGCCGCCUUCAAACCCCACUGGAAAGCUACCAACACUGAUCUGCGGAGAUUUCAAUUCUGAACGGUUCUCAGGCGUAUAUGAGUUUUUGGUCAAGGGGUCAGUCCCUCAGGGUCACGAUGACUUUGGAGAUCAUGCGUAUGGAACAUAUACUUCAGAGGGAUUAUCGCACAAUAUGACUCUUCGUUCAGCCUACAGUGAAGGAGUUGAUGUGCCAUUCACGAACUAUACACCACCGUUUUCAGCAGUGAUUGACUAUAUUUUCUAUUCGUCCAACUUCCUCUCCGUACUUGGAUUGUUGGGGGGUGUUGAAAAAGAGUACAUGAGUCGUGUGGUUGGAUUCCCUAAUGCUCACUUUCCAUCAGAUCAUGUCCCUAUCUUGGCAGAAUUCAAGUUCCGAUCACAGGUGGCACCUAAAGGCGCCACACCCAACUUUGGCACAACAUCCAACGGCGGUAAUAACAGGAACAGCAGCAGUAACCAAAAACAGUAG